GCACGCUGUGCUUUUGUACUGAUGCGAGGGAGCAUCAGGGCCGGCAUCCUUCUGGCAGGCUGUUACUGACAUGAGUGACAGCCAGUGUGCUGCAGGUUGACUUCCCCUCCCUCCAUGAUGGAACGAAAGCUCAUCCUUGUCCCUCAGGGCUGAUUCCUUGUUGCGUUUCACACCAAUUCUGUUAGUCCAUGCACUGCUGCUGUGAUAGUCCUGGUUCAUCCUCGUGCCAGCAGCAAAUAUUGGUCACAAGCAAAGUGUUCCAGGAGCUCCACAACACCUUCAGCUGCCGGCAAGCGGCUGGAACCGGUAUCCAGCCCUGCAGCAGCUGCCUGGCACUGGCUGAUGGGGCGUUCCCCUGUCCCGGCCCUUGGCCCCGUCCCCUCCCGACUUUCACAGCUCCAAAGCGUGUCUGCACACGCCCUGGCACAACACCAGCAAUUCUACUGAAGUCCAGCCAGAUUAGCGCUAUCUUAUCUAGCUAGCCAAGUAAAUAAUUUUCUCUGUCCUUAAAAGACACUUUUGUUGUAGGUGGGGGGCAACCGGCUGAGCUGGAGGUGAGCUGGAAGUGAGCAGAUCAAUGUUGCGUCAUUGCUGACCCCAGCAGCAGCCUUCCCUUUAAGUUUUAGCAUCUCUUAAGGAGCUGCUAUAGAAACAGGGGCUGUACAAAUCUGAUCAUUUUAUCAAUAAUCUCUGAGCUCUGAAAUUCCUUUUUGGCUGUUUUACUGUGACUCUCGAGAUCCAGCAGGCACUAGGACCUGCCUGAAGCCUUUACACCCGACACUGUGCAGAGGGGAUAAAUAUAGCUCAGCACAGCCGGUACAUGUUGCUGGGGGAAGGGACCCGCACUCGGAUCCCCGAUCCCUGCGCCGUGGCUGGAUGCCGUGCAGAGUAGCUCUGCAGCGGUGCUGGAGACGCUACAGCCUUGGCUGCCAAUGCUCCAGCUCUACAAGGUCACCACCUCACUCCUCAUCAGCAACGCCCGGGCAGCCUGCAACGAGGAACUGCUCACGCGAGAGGGAGUCACCUUCUGCAUUAAUGUCACCAGGCAGCAGCCAUUCCCCGGCCUCCAGCAGGUCCGCGGCAUACGUGUUCCCGUUUUCGAUGAUCCGGCUGAAGACCUGUAUCGGUAUUUUGAGCAGUGCAGUGACGCGAUAGAAGAGGCUGUGCAGAGGGGUGGGAAGUGCUUAGUUUACUGUAAAAAUGGCCGCAGCCGAUCAGCUGCUGUUUGCACGGCUUACCUGAUGAAACACCGAAAGCUCCCACUCAAGGAUGCCUUUGAGACUGUGAAGACUGCCAGGCCGGUAGCAGAACCCAACGCAGGAUUUUGGUCUCAGCUGCAGAGAUAUGAAGAAGAUUUGCAGAUGCCAAAGCAGCCUGAUUAUUCCACUGGUGACAAUAAACAUCCCGUUCCCCUGUGCCCAGUGUCUCCGUCUCUCUCCUGUCGCCCUCGCUGGGCAUGGGGACCGGCCUGGAGUCUGGGCUGUCUGUGCAGUGCCCAGUGUUGCCCCAGAACGGGGGUUUGGCGGUGUUGGGGAGCAGGAGCUAGCGGGGGGCUGAGGGGAGCUGGACAGCCCCCCCAGCCAACCCAUGUGCCUGGUACAAGCCUGGGCAGGGGAAGGGGAACAUGCAGUCGGCACGGGAGAAAUACUUGAAGUUUCGGAGCUGGCGUCUCUUCCGAGCACCGUGGGGUCUCACUGGAGUCACUCUCUUGCUCCUCAGCCCCAGCCCAGGGCACAAACCUCCCUUGGGAGCGUUUGGGAGGAUAUCGCCCCAUUUCUGUCCCAUCCACCUGGUGUUUUUUCUGCCUUUGUCAUUGUCUCGCAAUGUGUCGCUCAGUGUCACUCCUUUGCCUGCACCUGCACCUUCACCAGCGAUCAGAGCCCGACGCAGGAGUUUGCUGACUUCCCUGUCUACAACUCAGGCGGUCUGAAAGAGAUCGUGGUCCCACAGUCAGUCCCAGCCCUGAACCCACGGCACAGGUUGGGGGGCGGCUUCUGCCAGGCCCAAGAAGAGGAAAAAGGACGUGACACCUAAUGACCAGUCCCCUCCUGGCUCACACCUUGGCUCACAGACCCUCUGGAGAAAGCGUGGGAAGAAACCGGCCAUUGCCUCUGCUCCAAACAGACAAGGCUUCAACCAGCUGCUCGAUGACUCAGAGGUGACCCUUGCCUUCCAGGACUGACUGGUCUGCAACACCAAGUGCAUCCAUCAAACCAUGUAGUACCAGUCUGAGGGCACUGCAGCAGAUGAUUUCCAGCAGGAGCACAAAGAAGAAACAAACACAGAAACAAAGCAAAUGCUCAUGCCAGGGCUCCCUCCUCUUCAGCAGCUUCACCAGGUACCUGCAAAAGCAAACAAACACCAAACAUACAAACUCCUCCCAGCCCUCACUAGGGGAGCUGGACUGCAGCCCCUCCAAAACCCUAGGACACUUCAGCCCCCCACCAAAAGGGCACCCCAGACCCCUCACCACUGAGUAGAGGUACACACAAUCACACAUGGUGAGGCACAAAACCACUGCAGGAACCACUCUGGGGGCAUGGCCAGGCUGCACAGGGGCCUCACUCAACCUGUAACAGCAGGGAAAACAGAAAAGAAGGAUAAACUUCAGGUCAACAUCUCUGCACUGCCUGCCCCACCCAGCAUCACCUUCCCCUGAGCUCACCCCCACCUCUCACAGGCAGUGGCCACAGCCCCAGCACCCAUGUGCAGAAACAACCACUACUGGCUCUGCUGCUCCAGAACCUAAAAUACCUAGAAAUAAAGCAAAACACAAUAAAACUCAAAGUUCCAGGGUGCUCUGAGUCUCCUGCACCCAGCACAAGUGGAGAAAAAGCAUCUACACCCAGAGCAACCCCCAAGAGCAGCCACUAACCAGAGAUAAAUGGGGGAACUUCACUCAGAAGCCAGCACCUACCUGGAACAGCUCCCAGGACAUCUUAGCAGCUCCCAGCAAACAGCAGCAAUCUCUCAGAAAUAACCCAGGAGACCCAAGUGAGCUCCCAGUCAGCAAGUGCCAGGUAUCACUCACUCCUAAUAGGCACCAGAAACUCCCAGCAGCCCCUGGAGCAGCCCUGCCUACCCACCCCAAUGGGGCUCAGCUGUGCAGGGUGGCACUGCCCAGCCACCCCCAGCUGUGGCUUGUUGCUCCAUCAGCACAGCUGAUCCCAGUAGCUACAGCACUGGCCUGAGAGAGUCCUGAAAAAAACAUAGAACUGGGCCUAAAAAUGACAGUUUUGUCUGGACUGUGUGGCUGGUUGCUGGAAUGACCAGGGGUUUUUGGAGGCAGUUGAUGUGAAAGUGACAGAGAAUGUUGAUCUUGGGAAUAGUGAUGUUGAUUAAAGGAUUGUGCUUGAUUGCUUUAAGUAAGACUUUAAAAAUUGUGUGUGCUUGUCCUUUGAAUAUUCUAUCUUAGCAUCAUUAAAACCAUCAAGUGCUUA